AUGUCGGCGACUCUCCGACGUCUCGUCCUCCUCUCCUCCGUAAAACGCGCCCAGAAUUCAUCUCCGGCGUGCCUUUCUUCCGCCGUGAGUCGACUAUCUCUGUCUUUCUCUUCCGUCGCAUCAUCGUCUCCGUCAAAUCCGCCGGAAUCACGCACCUCCCCUUCCCGGAUUCGAACUCGUACCCCACUCGAAUCUCAAUUCGAGACAUGGAUCCAGAAUCUGAAACCAGGCUUCACCAACUCAGACGUGGUGGCGGCGCUGCGUGCGCAAUCCGAUCCGGAUCUAGCCUUGGACAUUUUCCGCUGGACCGCUCAGCAGCGAGGCUACAAACACAACCACGAGGCUUACCACACGAUGAUCAAACAAGCAAUCGCCGGAAAACGAAACAAAUUCGCCGAAACCCUAAUCGAGGAAGUCGUCGCCGGCGCCUGCGAAAUGAGCGUCCCUCUCUACAACUCCAUCAUCCGAUUCUGCUGCGGCCGUAAGUUCCUCUUCAAUCGAGCUUUCGAUGUAUACAACAAGAUGCUCCGAUCAGAAACCUCGAAACCCGACCUCGAAACCUACACUCUGCUUCUGUGCUCUCUCCUCAAGAGAUUCAACAAAUUGAACGUCUGCUAUGUGUAUCUCCACGCCGUUAGAUCGCUCACCAAGCAGAUGAAAUCGAGCGGUGUGAUUCCAGAUACGUUUGUGUUGAACAUGAUAAUCAAAGCUUACGCAAAGUGUCUCGAAGUAGACGAAGCUGUGAGAGUUUACCGUGAGAUGGCUCUGUACGGCGCUGAGCCAAAUGCUUAUACUUAUGGUUACUUGACGAAAGGGCUUUGUGAGAAAGGAAGGAUUGAGCAGGGUUUAGGGUUUUACAAGGAGAUGAGAGGGAAAGGGAUGGUUCCUAGUGGGAGUUGUUACAUGGUUUUGAUAUGUAGUUUAGCUAUGGAGAGGAGAUUGAAUGAAGCUGUGGAGGUUUCGUAUGACAUGUUGGCGAAUUCGUUGUCUCCUGAUAUGUUGACUUAUAAUACGGUUUUGGCAGAGCUGUGUAGGGAAGGUAGAGGCAGUGAAGCUCUUGAGCUGCUUGAGGAGUGGAAGAAGAGAGAUCCGGUGAUGGGUGAAAGAAAUUACAGAACUUUGAUGGACGAAGUGUAUUUCUUGAACAAGGGAUGA